ACAGAUCGUGCGCGCCUUCACGUAAUGCAAGGCAGUUGUAUGUAUUCAUCGCAAAAGUGAAUUAAAAAACAAAGAACAAAAAUUUCAAAUUUGUUAACCAAUUUUCAAAUAAUAAAUUUCAUUUAUUCAAACGCUGCAUUUUUGUAAUUUGCAUUGUAAUUUCGCUAAAAGUGUCUUUCGCUUUGUAAGAUCGUUCUUAUUGUGCUCUGUGUGCGAGAUAAAAGUCAAUGUGUACUAUUCUCUAGUGAAAACAUUCGGGGACCAUGUUUUGAUCAGUAACGUUUGCGAAUUUUCGCGUUAUUAAAAAAAGUGACAAUAAAAUGCGAGGUCAAAGCGAAUUUGCGUCGCUUCGACAAAUUUUCGCGCAAAAAACUCGCGAGUGAACAUUUCCACAAUCAUAAACUUACUUAAUCGAUUAUUAAUGACGAAACGACAGAUUAUGAUUCGUUUAUCUGCGAACGAAUUUACGGCUGGGAAAAUAACGUAAACACGCGGUCGUGCUUCACUAAUGUUCAAAAUUGUGCAAAACAAUCUUUCAACUUCUAUCUAUCUCUGCAUCGGUGCUUGCAAUUAAUUUCUCUUGAAAGACAUUAUUUUUUUACACGUUUUAUAAAUAAUUUUAUAUCUUCUCCGAGAAAAGAAGUAAUCUGCGCCCCCCGGAAAAAAUCAUUUUCGGACAGAUUCAUGAGAAAAAAAAAAAUCUUGACCGAGUCAAUUGCAAAUCACUAGUCGAAUUAUAAAAAUGACGAUAAAUUAUUUGAUUCGUUUGUUAACAUUACUCGUCAUCGUAUAUAUUAUUGCCGUUGUCGGCGAGCAGCGAUUUAUCGAAACGCCACCGCUCUAUCAGCAAGUAAAGACCGACGAAGAUGUAUACUUGCGUUGCAUCGUGGAGGACAAACGUGGUCACUGUUUUUGGAGAAAAGAUCAGAAAUCAGUGGUCGCACAACAGGGGAAAUACGAGUGGACAAGCAAUCCUACUAACGAUUGCACUUUGUUAAUUAGACAAGUCACUCUGCCUUUUGAUGACGGUUUCUGGGAAUGUCGUCAUGUCAGUUUUAGCGAUUUGGUUCAACAGGAAUUAUCGUCCGAACCGUCCCGAUUAGUCGUAAUGGUAAAACCGAGAAAACCUAUCUUACAACACGAGGGUAUUCCUUUAGACGCCGCCCUCACAUUGAAAGACGGACAAAAAGUUACGAUUUCUUGCGUUUCAAACUAUGGAAACCCACCUGCUCUUCUCAAGUGGUACAUAGGAAAUAACCAGAUGGAAUCUUUGGGAAACCAGAGCAACGUGCCGGAGGUAGACGAUCAAAAGACUUCGGCGGCUCAUAGUGUUUUGCAAGUGCGUGCUCGGAAAGAGUAUCACGGUCUGCCGAUUCGAUGUUUAGCGGAACAUCCAACAAGUACAAUACCGGCUAGCACUGAAACGCGGCUAAACAUUCAAUACGUCCCAGAAGUGCGACUUGUGACAAAUCCAGAACCGCUUACGACGGUUCCAGAAGAUUUGGUGAGCUCUUUCAAACUCAAGUGUCUGGCAGAUGCUAAUCCUGCCGUGAGCAUUAAAUGGUACAAAGAUUCGGUGCCAAUAAGUGAAUCAUCGCUCGACGCCAUGGCGCCGGCGUUAUCACCGACACAAAGCAGAACAAUGCAAGUGAACGAUACCACAUGGAGCGCGGAACUAUCCUUUGAUCCGAUCAAGAGAUAUGAUGCGGGUCUAUACUCGUGCAAGGCGAUCAACAAAAUCGGUGAAAGCGUUCGCGCGAGUUACAGACUCGACGUACAAUAUGGGCCGAAGCUAAAGAGAACAGACAUGUAUAAUGUUUCCGAGAUAAUAGAAGAAACGGCGCUGUUGGAUACUACGGUGGAGUCCUUUAAUUGUCCCGAAUUCGAAGCUAAUCCGCCCGCUCAGUACAGAUGGGUACAUCUCCAUGGCAGUUCGACAGAUGCCAUCGAAAUUCACGUCCAAAAUAAAAGCGGUGGUCGGCUUCUGCGUCUCGAGAACAUUACGUGGUCUAAUGAGGGAGAAUACCGUUGCAUCGCCUUUAACAUAAUCAACGGCUUUAAACGGGAACUCGCCAGUGACGUGCGUUACGUGCUGCAUGUAACAGGACCGCCAAAGAUACAAGGCAGACUGCUGGCCGACAAGAACUUCAGAGAGUCUAUCGGAUGGGCAGGCGAGUCCGUGCACAGACUCAAAUCCCGAUUUUGCUCACGACCCCCGCCAAAGUUGGUCGCUUGGCAAUGGGGCAGUUCGCACAUACGAGCUGGGGAGAAUAUCCAACCGAAAUAUGAGGCUCUGCCGCUGGAGCCUAUCGUGGAAAACAAGAUGGCAACCAACUGUUACUGGGCGAAACUAGAUAUUAAGGAUUUGCAAAAAGAGGACGCUCGAAUGUACACUCUGUUGGUGGAGAGUGAGAAAGGUCGGGAUUCAACGAACAUCAGACUGAUAGUAAAAGAUUCUACGGAGAUGCGCAUGACAGCCGCAGGCGUAGCGGUAGGUAUGUUGAUUUUGUUGGCGCUGAUCUCCAUCGGUGUGUAUUCGCUGUUGAGAAUACGACGUCGGCGAUACCGCCAGAAAAUAGUAGAAGAAGGCAGCAUUGCGGCCGAUGCUCUCUACGGUAAUGGUGCGACAAUGGAUCGGCAAAAGUCCAUCAAUUUGUCUCACGUACAAACCAUCGCGAGAAAACCCAGUCUGGACAGCAGUCAAGGCACGUAUGAUUACAGUCAUAUUGUAAAGCCUAAGGGUGCCAUGAGUCCAGAAGCGCUGAAGGUUAGAAGAGCGCCAGCAGUUCUGCAACCACCUACCAAGGUGUAAAUCUGCAAAUUAUGGAUAUAUUUAUUUCUUCCGUCUUCGAUACAAAAUAUCAUUCUGUUGUUUCUAUUCAUGUAUCAUUUUGCCAUUGAUGUUUAUUUUUUAGUGUAAAAACACUCGUCACAUUUUACUAAAAGUGAAGAGUGUGUAAAAAUUCAUAUUUUUAAUACAAAUAUUUGAUUAAAUAUAAAAAAA